AUGUCUGAUUCGUUCUUUGGGUUUGAUGCAGCACUGCCCGGUGAGGACGACGAUGGAGGCGGUGGCGGUGGCGGCGGCGGUGGUAGAAGAACAGGCGGUGGACGUGUGCUUGGUGGAGGAGGAAGCGGUGGUCGUGGAUCGGAUUCGGAGGAGGAGUACGAUGCGCUCAACGACGAAACAUUUGGGCAGGCCCGGGAAGACGAUUGGGAAGAUUUGCACGAGAAUCUUGUGCGAAUGGACCAGCGAGAAGGUGGAGACGGAGAUUCCGGUGCCGACUCUGAUCUGGACAUCAACUUCUCCUCGGUCGGGAUCGAUAACUUCGAGCUGGAUAACGACACGGAACCGGAAGCUCGGUUGCAGCUGGACCCGAGCGUGUGGACGAUGCCAAGCAAACCGGAAACUCCGAGACACACCGUGCCCCCGGUUUCGACGCAGAUGCCACCAGCGAUCGUUAGUGCAGCGAACUCGAUGCCCGCACCAGAUCGCUUCAGUGCAGCAAUAGGAAGGUUUCCGACUUUGCCCAAUCCAAGCAUGCGCAUCUGCUCGUUGGAGGAAAUCGAGCAGAACAUGAUCAAGCAGCAACAGGAACAGAUGCGCCGUGGUAUGACUCCACUGCCCCGUCCCCCUCCAGGCUUUCCACCACCUUCCAAUCCGGCACAAGCGAUGCAGCAACCUCCGCCGGGAUCAUCAAUGCCACCCACGCCAAUGAUCCAUCGUCCACUACCGAUCCCUAUCGGGUUUCCUGCGCCUGCUGUUAUGGGUGGAACACCGGGCGGACAAUCGUCCGCACCCGGUGGUCCGAUUGGUCCACUUUUUCCGCCAACCAAUAUGCCACCUCCUAAUGGUGGUCAACCCGGUAUCGGAGCUCCUCCAUUUUCGUUUCCUAUGAACUUCCAAGGUCCGCCUGGGUCGGGGGCAGGUCCGGGUGCAAUGAUGCCUCCCAACAACAUCAACAACAACAACAUGAAUGGUGGAAUCAACAACAAUAAUGCAAGCUUCAGUCAGCGGCUGGUGGAAGAGAUCCAGCAAAACCAUCCAAUGCUACCCCACUACCGGCAACAGCCACCACCCGGCACGAUAACUCAACCUCCGCUACCGAUGGGUGUCCCGCCGCCCGGUCCUGGGCCGAUGCCACCAAUGCCCCCGCACGGUCCUAACUUUAAACACCCGUUCAUGGCCCAUCACCUUCCAGGGUUUCCACCGAACUGGAAUGGACCACCGCCACAUCCUCAUGGGAAUCCGCACCAUCACGGUGGACAUCACCAUCCGGGAUUUCCGGGCGGACAUCAUCACUUUGCUCAGCAGCAACAUCAACAGCAGGGUCAAGGGCAAGGACAUCAUCAUCAUCAUCAGCAACAGCACCAUCAUCAGCAGCAGCAGCAUCAAGGCGGCGGAGGUGGUGGCCAUCGAUUGCACAAUGGAAAGCAGAAUCGCAAUUUCGAAUACGAUGAGUACGCAAACAUGAUGACCGAACGGGCGAAACACUGGUUGCUCGGCAUUCAACUGUCCCAGCUGAAUAAGGACACGGCCUACUACAAUGACUAUUACUUCUGCGUUAUCCGUGACCGCAAGGAGCGUGAGCGUGGUGCAGAGCGGGAAAGCAAAGCACACAAGGACAACACGUUCUAUCAUCCAUUCAGCCAGCAGCAGCAGAACCAGCAGCACUGGAACGGGUACGGUCGAGAGCGUCGCAAUUCGGAGAAUUCCACGUCGACAAAGGAUGGCAUUAAGGAGAUACAGCCGCGCCGCUACAAGCUGGUUCAGUUCGAGAACUCACUCGGUAAGCUGCAAUGUGGUAGCGUAAUUGCACCGCGCAAGAUCAUCGAUCAGGAUGUGGUGGUAGACCGUUCCGUCGCAGAAGGUGGUGGUCCCGGUGGCUCGGGCAAUGCUGGAAAUGGAGCAAACACUGCUCCCGGUAGCUCCGAUUCGGUUCAUAAUCAGCGCCGUUCAAGACAGAUACUGUUGCAUGUGGAGAACCUUUAUCGGCUGGUUCUACGCCUCGAGGACAUGUCUAACCAGUUGGCGAUUGAGGCCAAGCAGCAGAUGAAGGAAAAACGCACCAAGGAGCGUCUGCUGGCCCAGGAAAAGCUAACAAGCGGCACCGAUGAGCAGAACAAUGUAAACAGCGGUGCACCGAUGGCAACCGUACAGGCAACUCCCGUGUCCGAGGUAGAGCAAGAUACGGUGGAAAAUCUUCUCGAGCGCAUACUUCCAGCCGUUAAUGCCGAGGGUGUUUUGCGGCUGCUGUCCGUGCGCAAAGGCAAACUGCUGUUGACACGCAUCCAGAAAGCUUUCGGUGAGCAUUCGGCCCGGUGGACUAUUUGGUGUACGGUGCUGGCAACAUUGGUCACCCUGCCGAAGCGCGAUCGUGAAGAUGCAGAGGAUCAGCUUAGUCCGCUGUUUGCGGAGUUCGAACUGCACGUCAAGUAUGCACAGCCAGGUGAGCUGAUUCCACUGUUUGAGACACUGCUCAACACGGAUCAACUGCUCCCGCUGGUGCCACGGUGUAAGUUCCUGCUGUUAACCAUGCUCACACUUAUCGCCCAGAUGGAACAGUUGUCCACCAGCGAUGGCUCCCUAGAACAGGCCGCUGCUCUCAACGGUGAGGCAGACGAUGGCACCAGUGGUGAUGGUGUCGAAAAUGGUUCCCCACGGCUUGUCUGGACACGCUGGAUGAGUUUGCUGCGGGAGCUCGCACGUGUGUUGGAGGCGGCCGCAGCAGGAGCCGUCGGUAAUAAACCACAGAAAGUUCUGCUCAAGCUGGAUUCGUCGUGCGGCAAAGUGAAACAACUGCGCGCACACUUGCAGCGACAUCCGGAGCUGGAAUUGGAGCACAAGCUCCGAGCUAUCGUAUCGAUCAUCGAUAUCGGUACCGGUGGUCCAUCGUCAUUGACCUCAACAGCGGAAGGGUCUACAUCGUCGGCGGAUGCAAGCAAAAAGUAA